AUGUGUCCACUCCCAUGGAUCCAAAUGUUAAGCUUGUUCCUGAACAGGGGGAGCCACUUAAAGAUCCUACUAUUAGUCGGCAAGUUCAAUUAUCUCACUAUCACACGACCAGAUAUUUCCUUUGCUGUAAGUGUGGUUAGUCAAUUUCUUCAAACUCCAUACAGUAGUCACUGGGAUGCAGUCAUUUGCAUUCUUAGAUAUAUCAAAGGAGCUCCAGGACAGGGUCUACUCUAUGAAGACAAGGGUCACUCACAAAUUGUUGGCUAUUCUGAUGCAGAUUGGGCAGGUUCCCCUUCAGAUAGACGAUCUACUUCAGGAUAUUGUAUUAUGAUUGGAGGGAAUCUCAUAUCCUGGAAAAGUAAAAAACAGAGUGUGGUUGCAAGAUCAAGUGCAGAAGCAAAAUAUCGAGCUAUGGCUUUAGCAACAUGCGAACUCAUCUGGUUGAAGCAACUCCAGGAAUUGAAAUAUAGUGAUACUGGCCAAAUGAAGUUGAUAUGUGAUAAUCAAGCUGGCCUCCAUAUUGCAUCAAAUCCAAUUUUUCAUGAGGACGAAGCAUAUAGAGGUGGAUUGUCAUUUUAUUAG